AUGGCUGCUGGCGCGCCCGGGGGAGAGGGGCUCCUUGUCCUGAGGGAGGUGACUCCCCAGGCGGUGGAAGAGCAACAUAUAAAGAUCGACGUGGAUCGGGCCAGCCGUAAAAGAGACAACAAUAAACUACUGAGCAGGUUAAAGAAAAAUAUCCGAGAGAAGGUCCUUCGGAAGGAACGAAUCGACUACCUGGCAGUGGAUCCGAAAGAGCUUCCCCAGAAUUUACCAAAAACGAAAAAAAUAAAAAAUAAAAAAAUAAAAGCAAAAUUGAAGAGAGAUGUCAGGCUAGCCAUUUUAUCCUCCAAAAAGCUGCUAGCGAAUAGCAAGUUUAAGCGAGUGGAGGAGGGGUUCAUUCGGUUGGCAGCGGAGGACCGCAUGGGGGCGGCACCUAGUGGGAAGACCAGCAAAGGGGGGAAGUCUGCCAAAGGGGAGAAGUCCACCAAAGGGGGGAAGUCUGCCAAAGGGGAGAAGUCCACCAAAGGGGAGAAGUCCACCAAAGGGGAGAAGUCCACCAAAGGGGAGAAGUCCAUCAGUGAGGAAGAACCCGCCAAUGAGGGAGAACCCGCCAAUGAGGAAGAACCCGCCAAUGAGGGAGAAUCCGCCAUUGGCGCCCUUUCAGGGGCACGCCCCUUGCUAACGCAGAAGGAGCUUUACGCCCGAGCGGACGUGGGCACCAAAAAAAAGGUAAUAGACUUGAGACUGAACUUGGGACCCUACCGAUGUAGGUACUCACGAAAUGGAAAGUACCUGCUAUCCACCGGAGAAAAGGGACAUAUCACACUAAUCGAUACACACAACUUAGAACCCAUGUGUGAGUUAGAAGUAGAAGAAUCCGUUAGAUGCAGCACCAUCCUACACAACCACAAGCUAUUCGCAGUGGGACAAAAAAAAUAUACAUAUAUUUAUGACCACACAGGGAUUGAGGUGAACUGCAUUAAGGAUAUCCUUUACUCAUACCAACUUGAAUUCCUUCCCUUUCAUUUUUUAUUAACUUCUAUUGGGGAGUUUGGAGAGUUAGUGUAUCAGGACAUAUCAAUGGGGAGUAUCAUUACGAGAAAAAAAACGAAAAGAGGUCCCUGUAAAAUAAUGAAGCAGAACAAACAGGAUGCAACCAUCUACCUUGGUCAUAAAAAUGGACACGUAACUGUAUGGACCCCAAACAUAGAUAAACCAGUAUGUGAUCUGUAUUGUCACGCUACUCCUAUUUCGGCGGUAGCGGUUCAUAAAAACUACCUGGUCACGUCUUCCCUUGAUUGUACAUACAAACUGUGGGACCUGAGAAAAUUACAACUCGUUCAGUCGAAUCGAUCCCAUAACGUCAUCAAUGAGAUGGAAAUUAGCGACACGGGGGUAGUUGCCAUGGCAAUAAACAGUCACUUUAGGACAUACAGAGAUUUUUUUAGCACCCCCCAGCUGUAUCUAACACAUAACACGUAUGGAGAUAAAAUAAACUCGCUAUCAUUUCAGCCAUUUGAGGAUAUAUGCUGUGUGGGUUCACGGUACUCCAUUAAGUCUCUUCUCAUUCCAGGGGCUGGACUAGCCAACAUCGAUACCUACGUGAAUAACCCAUACGAAACGAAGAAGCAAGUUCGAGAAAAUGAAAUAAGGUCCCUAUUGGAUAAGUUACCCCCGGAUACCAUCACGUUUGGGAAGAACGAACUUGGGAGGAUCAACCCGUUUGCUUCAAGCGUGAAGCAGGGGAAGGGAGCAACGCACUAUGAGGAAGCACCAAAUGGGGGACUCAUCGGAUGA